UAGCACUAGUUUUAUUGAGCAAUACUUACCUACCUAUAUAUAACAAGACAUUUGAUAUAAAUUCUAUCAUCCCAAUUAAUUGAAUCCAACAAACAUAUAUAAAAACCAAGCACUCACAAAAAUAUUAGUCAAGAUUGUAAGAUGAGUUCAGCAAGCAGAGCAUGGAUUGCAGCAACUAGCGUGGGAGUAGUAGAGGCCCUGAAAGAUCAAGGACUGUGUAGGUGGAAUUACACCAUCAGAGCCCUACAACAGCACGCAAAGAACAAUCUACGGUCAUAUUCACAUGCCAAGAAGUUGUCUUCUCAAUCUUCUUCUUUGGUUUCUACAAAAAGUGGAAUGAAGGAGUCUGAAGAGUCUUUUAGGAAAGUCAUGUACUUGAGCUGUUGGGGUCCCAAUUAAAUUUUUGCCAUUUUUAUGUAUAUGUUCUUCAAGAAAUUAGGAUAUGAAAGGCCAAGCAGAUGUAUAUUUGAAAUUAGAGUUUGAGGCUCAAUUGCCUUGUCAAUAUUAAUAGAAAACCUCUUUUUUUCUAGUCCACAUUUCUCUGAUGAAUGAACUAUGCGAGAU